AUGGAGGACCCGCGACGGGGAGAGGGGCGAGGCCAGGCGCUGCGGAAGGGUUCCCCGGAAGCCCCAGCCACUUUCGACCCCGAGGAGAGGCAUCGAGUGGAGAAGCUGUGGUCCUGCUCCGUCUUGCUCCACCUGCACCCACCCGACCCCGCGAGUUUGCACACGCAGCGGCACUCCGCUUGCGGCCCUCGCUGCGCGCCCCGAGCACCGACCUUCAGCUCUAGGCCGCCCCUGAGGCUAAGUUGGAGGGACUCGGGACCGUGCGAAGGACAAGGGCAGGGACGGAGGGCAGGGGCGGCUCCUGGUGGCCCUUACCACGUGCCAGCCGCCCAGGCUGGCCUGGAGAAUCGAGUCCUGAGCAGGAAGAGCUCGCCGGGCCUGACCCUCCCUCCCAGUCCCCGCACGCUCCCCAGCACCCCCUUUCUCGCCUUGUCCCCGGCCGCGGGGGUUUCCUUUCCACCGGGGACCGGGCUUCAGAACCCAGAGCCCAGAGUUCCUCCCGCGGCCUCCCGAGGGCAGCCGGGCCUUGUCCUGAGGGCUGCUGCUGUCUCCACCCCAGCGGACAUCUAUGACAAAGUGUCCAGUGAGCUGCGGAAGAAGGGCUACGACUGCGAGUGCCUGGGUGGCGGGCGCAUCUCCCACCAGAACCAGGACAGAAAGAUCCACGUAUACGGCUACUCGAUGGGCUACGGUCGCGCCCAACACUCUGUCUCAACUGAGAAGAUCAAAGCCAAGUAUCCUGACUACGAGGUCACCUGGGCAGACGAUGGCUACUGAGGCCAGUGCCCAGCAGUCAAGACAGGACUCUACUCGCCCAGGGUCACUCCUGAGGGGCUGCCCAGGUCUUUGCUUCUGCACCCCUUGGCAACGUGCCACCCCACCAGGCCUUGGAGCCUGGGCCAGCCUGGCCCACAGGAAUUAAAAGCCUUGGUGUUCCUGCU